AUAAGAGUUGGUCACUAGUGUUUUUCGGUUACCAACAUUCCUCAAAAUAUCUUCUUUUGUGUUCUGCAGAAGAAAGUCAUGCAGGUUUGAAAUGACAAGAGGGUGAGAAAAUGAUGACAGAAUUUUACAUUUUGGGGUGAACUAGCCCUUCAAGAUCUAUGUGAAAAAGCAACAGAAUACCAAUUCAUUUCAUUUUGAAUGUUUGCGUUGCUCAGCAGACCCCUUCAUUUCACAUACGGAAACAUCAAUGUGUGUUUGAACUUCCUGUGUCAGCCGCCUCUUGUUUGACAGCAGAACAAGCACAAAGAAACCAGAGCAGCGGCAGAUAUCUUUUCAACAGGUCCGCAAAAUGUGCUAGUUUAAAUAUGUCAACGUGAGAAAAAUGUCUGCUAACACAAAGCACCGUCCAAAAAGCCUUGACAAAUGUUAUGUUUUCAAUGUUGCUGGUUCCUUCUCUCAGCUGGCCGUGGGGUCAGAAUCCACCCCAACGGGGCCCAUACGCAUCCAAUUCCAGAUCGGCCUCCUGAAAGAGGGUGUACUAAUACCUGAAGGGCACCUCACUCUCCAAGAUGCGAAAUGUCUCGCAGAAGAAAUCAUUGAGAGGAAGGCUCCAGAUUGCAGCGUUAAAGGUCUGGGUGAAAAGCUGCUGUUAUUCAGACAUGAACCGGACACAGAGCAGAUCUUACACAGACUCACUGACCAGCACCACAUUCGUGAUGGAGAUCUACUUGAAGUGGUGAUCUCCGGCACAGCUUCUGUGGCCGAGACAAAAUACCGCCCACAUUCCUUGGUCGUCCAAUCAUAUCGCACACCUACUUUCUGUCACUACUGCGGUGAAAUGUUAUGGGGACUAGUCCGACAGGGCCUGAAAUGCGAAGGAUGUGGUCUAGACUUCCAUAAGCGGUGUGCGUUCAGGUUACCCAACGACUGCUCUCGCGUGUAUCGGCGUUGUGGCCCCAGCCUGUCACUGUUCCCUCCUGGCCGGCCACGGGCCCUUACAUUCUCCAGUCACACGGGUGGAAGCCUGGAGGAGAUCAGCAUGUCAAAACCAUCACGCUCACGGCCUCCAUCCUGGGCAGAUGUGCCUGUGUCUGUGGGGGUCUGCGAGGGAAAGGACGGGCGACCCCGCGUUCCUCACACCUUCCAUAUUCAUACUUACACCAAACUCACCAUCUGUCAGUACUGCUUUCGGCUGCUGAAAGGCCUCUUCCGGCAGGGGAUGCAAUGUUCAGACUGCAAGUUUAAUUGUCAUCGUAGAUGUGAGCCUCUUGUUCCUCCUGAAUGUAGGGCCGAUAAAGUCAAUGGCGAAGUGAGCGUGUUAAGUUCACUGUUUUCAGAGCCCGAAGUCCCUAAUAAGGAGUCAGAGUUGGAUGUGGCGGUGGUGUCAGUAAACUCUCUUUAUGAAGAACUGCGCUAUAAAGAGCCACCAACAGAGGAACUGAAGCCACUGCAGCCGGCCACUCCAUGUUUCAGCAGUAAUAUUCCCCUAAUGCGAGUCUAUCAAUCGGUAAAACACUGUAAAAGAAGAUCCAGUGGAGUGUUGAGGAAAGGCUGGUUAAUGCACCACACCAGCACUGAUGCACUAAGAAAACGCCACUACUGGGAAUUAGAUGGAAAAACCAUCACCCUGUACCCAGAGGAAAACAGCAACAAGUACUAUAAGGAGAUACCACUCUCUGAGGUGCUUCAUGUUCGAGGCUUAGAUCAGCUGACUGUACCCGUGUUGCCAGAUAAUGGCGAGCACUCGUUUGAGCUGGUGACAAGCUCACUGGUGUAUUGUGUAUUUGCGGAUCAAGAGGGCCCGUGCUGGGAGUCAGCCCUCAAACUGGCCCUAAGACCUGUUCAAGGGACCAAACUGGACACAACAGACACCACAGGUCAAGGACAGCACAAUAAAGAGACCCAGGACAUCAGUGAGUAUUAUCAGAUCUUUUCUGAUGAAGUCUUGGGUUCAGGUCAGUUUGGGGUGGUGUACAGUGGCACGCACAGACAGUCAGGUCGCCCGGUCGCCAUUAAAGUCAUAGAUAAAACCAGAUUUCCUUCCAAACAAGAGGAACAGACCAAAAUUGAGGUCACAAUAUUACAAAAAUUGUCUCAUCCUGGAGUGAUUAAUUUGGAGGGAAUGUUUGAAACAUCACAACACACUUUUGUUGUCAUGGAGAAGCUCCACAGCGACAUGUUAGAGAUGAUUUUGUCUCAUGAGAAUGGACGUCUGACAGAGCGUACCACCCGUUUUCUUGCUAUGCAGGUUUUGGAGGCUUUGAGGUACCUGCAUAUGAAAAACAUUGCACACUGUGACCUGAAACCCGAAAAUGUGCUUCUGGCCUCACCUGAUCCAUUUUCUCAGGUAAAGCUGUGUGACUUUGGUUUUGCUCGUAUCAUUGGAGAGAAAUCCUUUCGCCGCACCGUAGUUGGGACCCCUGCGUACUUGGCACCUGAGGUCAUCAAAAAACAUGGCUACAAUCGGUCUUUGGACAUGUGGGCAGCAGGAGUGAUUUUAUAUGUCAGUUUGAGUGGGACUUUUCCUUUUAAUGAAGAUGAAGACAUUAAUCAGCAGAUCACCAAUGCUUCUUUCAUGUAUCCACGACAACCGUGGUCUCUCAUCUCACUGGAGGGUAAGAGAAACAAUGCUUGGAAUGUCGAUACGGAUUUAAGAGCUUCUCAUGCUUUUCAUUUAAAGUAUACUUUCUUAAUGUUUUUCUCUGUCAUUUUUUUAGCGGUGAACCUGAUCAAUAACCUGCUGCAGGUGGUGGUAAGACGCAGGUUCAGUGUUGGCAAAGCAAUGGGUCACCCCUGGUUUCAGAACUUCCAACUAUGGUGUGACCUCCGUGAGUUUGAACAGCGCAUGGGAUAUCGCUACCUCACUCACGAAGCAGAGGCCAAGCACUGGAGAUCUCAUGCCCAGGAGAGAGGCCUCAGUUUUCCAGAACAUUUAGCAGAAACGGAAAGUGAAGAGAAGGAAGAGCUGAUAGCCACGUAGAUUUUACUUUGACAGCAACUGUGAAUAUUGUAUUUUAUGAGAAACUUGUGAAACUGCUCUGUUGUCUAUCUAGUUCACUGUAAUCAAUCUUUGUUAUAUUUUCUAAUAAAAGAUAAAAG